AUGGCGCGGUUAAAUGACGACAGUCAACAAGACGUCGAUUGCACAGAGAUCCUAAGUCCACAACCAUUUGCCCCUCCAGGCCAAGGCUUCCUCGUAUCCUCCCUCGAGUCCAGCAACGGGCCCUACCCUGCCGAUAAUGCCCAGAUGUCCUCCACCCAGGAAUAUGAAUACAACUCUUCCUCCUCCUCCACCCGCCAUUCAACAAGCGACGUAUUCGGCCGUGAAAUGGACGAUGAACUAGAGCAACUGAAGUCCAGAGCAUCGAGCCGCUCAUCACUAUCCUCAGUCCCAGCCUCCGUCCUCAUCCACCCAGUCGACAGAAUGAAACAAAUGCCAGACAUGGACAUACACGAAAAGAUAUCUGGCUACAGAGUAGAAGAGUCCGAAGCGAGCUUCGGCGACUUCAACGACAUCCCCGCCAACAUCCGCACCAUCCGCCAGCGCGAAGCCGCCUUCCGAAAACCGAGUUCCGUCAGGGCCAUGCAGAUGCACACAGAAGACGAAGCUGACGACGACGAGUAUCUAACGCCCCCGCGCCGACGACAAGGCCUACGAUCACGAUCACCUGGCCCCUCGCCGCUAAGACGAUCACCGUAUUACUCGCCCAAUGCACCCAAACAACCAAAGCCUAGGAAGGAGGCUCCGCUCGUGCUGCUGCACUGCACCCUGCUCCCGCCGUCCAUCCCAGUACCUGGAGCAGCGGACCCCAGAAACCAGGAUAUCCUGGAAGACGAGCUACCGGCAGAAUACUGGAAGCGCUGGCGGCGGCUGCAAGACCGGGUUGGAUCGGGCGUGCUGCGCGAUCGCGGCGUGCUAAUCUCUCACCCGGAGGAUCUGUACGACAUUCUAGAGGAGCGGUUGUUGGAGAGCCUCGAGCUGCAAAGACCACGUCUGCAGAAUGGACACUUCGUGGGUCGGGAGGAUCAUAGCUCUGGCUCUGGCUCCGAGGGGGACUUCUCGGAUAUUGGAGAGAGCGAGACGGAUGGCGAGCAGGGCGAUGAGUGUCCCGAUUGUGGGAGCCAUGUGCGGCACGGAGAUAGUAACCGCAAAUGGGAGAUUCGGGUGUUUGCUGCGAACGGGCUGAUGCGCGCUGGGGCGUGGGCUGCUGCAUGGCGCGAUAUGGAGAAGGUCGAUGUCGAGGUUGGGCUUUGGCUGCCUUCCGAUGUGCGCCGUAGCUUGGAGAGGAGGCUUGCGGAGGAGCAGAUGGCAGUUGUUGAGCAUGCCCAGAGUCAGAUGCCGCAGAUGCAGAUGCAGAUGCAGAUGCAGAUGUCGCCGCUGAUUGAUGGUGGGCAUCAGGUCCCACCGGAGAUUCUGCAGUCGCCUAGGCAGAGCCACGCUCGUAUGAUCAGUGAUGUGGGUUCUUCCCGGUCUGAUGAGAUGACGUCCAGGCAGGGUUUCCCUGAAGCUGGAGCUCGGCUCAACCUUGCGCCUGAGCUUGGACGGGAGAGGAAGGAACAUGAGGUUGCCCUUUCAACUCUUUUCGUGAAUUAUAUCCGUGUUCUGGCCUCCGAUAGGCGCAAUAUUGCCCUGCUUCUUCUUAGUGUCUUGGUGGCUUUUCUUGCUAUUGGGUCACGCCAGCAGCAAGUCCCCGUCUACUCCCAUCUCGGUCCUUUCCCACAUGGCUUGUCUCAUGAUAUCCUGCCCUCCGCGGCUAUACCGAGUUUGAGCGAGGCUCCACCUGUGUCUCCUUCUGUCUCCCUUGCGAGCUCGGCCAGUGUGAGUGAUGCAGUAGUCAUGAGCUCAGUUGCCUCUGUGCCGGAUUCUGAGUUUGUGGCUGCUAGCGAGAGCGACGUGAGUUCAAUGUCUGAGAUAGUAAGGUCUACUUCUCUGACUGUUGACUCUCCUGCUUCUCAUGCUCAGGCUACACACUCUAUGGAACCUACAGGGACUCCAGCGUCGCCCCAGCUGCUGGAGAAUACGCAGCCUCAGCUUGAGGACAGCGUGGAGACUUCUUUUCAUCACACUGUGGACUCUCCUAUUGUGUCCCCAGAGUCCUCACUUUCUUCCACUGACUCUACCGAGACUUCUGUUCUGCCGGCCGUGUCUAUUGAGACUACGCAGCCUGAGCUUGAGGACAACGCACAGGACCUUGGGGAUAGAACUGUGGACUCCUCUGCUGUGUCUGCAGAACCAUCUGCUUUCUCAACUGACUCCGACGAAUCCCCUAUUCUGCCUGACAUGUCUCCAGACAACGAGCAACCCCAGCUUGAGAGCGAAGCAGAGUCAUUUCCAGAUGAAUCUGUUGAACCUCCCACUAUGACUACAGAGCCUCCUUCCUCCACUGACUCUAUCGAGUCUCCCGCCCUGUUGGAUGUGCCUACGGAGACUGCACAGCCUGAAACUGAAGGCAAAAGAGAUGAACAAUAUGAAGAAGACGAACAAACAGAUUGA